AUGCCACAACUCAACCCGAACCCAUGAUUCCUUAUCAUACUAACAUCCUGAUUAACCUUUUCACUAAUUAUUCAACCAAAACUCCUACCUUUCACUCCUACCAACUCCCCUUCCAGCUCACCCACCAUAACCACCAAAACCACACCCUGAACCUGACCAUGAACCUAA